AUGCACGAUAUCGACGGAUACGAAACACUGGCGGUGCUAGGCACUGGGCAGUUUGGUAACGUGGUGCUCGUUCGUCGGAAAUCGGAUCGUAAGCUCUUCGCCGCGAAAAUCCCUCAUGAAGAGGACAAUGCUGCACGGCAGGCAGCAAGACAGGAGGCUCAGCUACUGAUGACCUUACAGCAUGUUAACAUUAUACAAUUCGUCGAACUCGUUGACAAGGAUUCGCAGUUGGCACUUGUGAUGGAAUAUGCCAGUGGAGGAGAUUUGGAAGCAUUCUUGCGGUGGCAACAAGAGAGCGUUGGUCGUCUGAGCGAGUCUGCAAUAAUGCGUAUCUUCAUCCAGAUCGUGCUGGCGCUUCAAUACUUGCACGAGCAUCGUGUUAUGCACCGUGAUCUCAAACCUAAGAACAUCCUGUUGGAUGGCGACGGGAUCGUAAAAUUGACUGACUUUGGCGUAUCCAAGCUCUUAACGAGCUCUUUAGACUUUGCACAAACCAUGACAGGAACCCCGCACUACAUGGCACCUGAACUUCUGGAAGGUGGCGCCUACGACUACAAAAGCGACGUGUGGAGCCUCGGCUGUGUGCUGUAUGAGCUCGCUGUCUUUACUCCACCAUUCAACGGGACGGCACUCGGUGCAGUUGUUGGGAAGAUUCUGCACGGGGAGCUGCUUCCGAUUUCUGAGCAGUAUUCUUCGCAGCUCCGGGCCCUUGUGUCUAAUUUGCUCGAAAAAGAUUCCAGCAGACGACCAAGCUUAUCGGACAUCUUAAAGUCUGACGUCGUCCAGCGCCACAUGCUGCAACUAGUCAGCGUUGCGACGUCACACCAGCCCAUGCUUCUUGACCAGUUUGGUGCAAGAAUUAAUCUCCACGAGGUCAUCAAACCCUUGGAGUCUGUGUCGCCAUUUCCUAACUACCCCUCCAUCCACACUGUGGACCACAACAGCGACGGUAAUCACGACCAGGUACAGCACAUGCCCGUCGCAAAGCCACCUAGGUUAAUACAACCAGAGACAGACUUUGCUCGCCAACUCUUUUUCGAAAACCAGGCGGCUGCUCGAAGAAACAAAGAGAGAAUCGAUCAAGAGAGAUCACGGGCAGCAGUAUUUCUUGACUACAAUGAUACUAGCUUGCUUCAACAAGCCGUGGCUUCGAAGAUGCUGAGCAUUCCAGAAGUUUCCAAUCCGACGAGCGUGUUAAGCGGAUGUGUGCCUCCACCAACGCCUGGUUCACUGAGAUUUCGUGUCCACUCCUCGUUAUCGAACUAUGAGGAGCUUUUGAACGCUGAGCGACGACGCAUACAGUUCGAGACGAGGGCGCUGCAAGAACGAAUGCGAGCGAUGCAGGCGACAGAUACACGUCUGUCACUUCAACAUGAAAAUUAGUGUCAAACCUCAAAAGAGUGACAUGCAAUCAAGAGAUGUGUAUGCAUUUUCAGUAGCUCUCCGUCAUGACAAAGGCUAAGCAGUUCGUCGACUUCGGCAAGAAGAUCAUUGCGAUCGGGAAGAAUUAUGAAGCCCACGCGCGCGAAAUGGGAGCUACCUCCGCCCCGAAGGACCCCGUGCUCUUCCUCAAGCCCACCACCAGGUAAAUACUACUUGUCGGGCACGAAUGGCCCUUUGAGAUGCCUUUUAAUCGAGAUUGUUAUGCAUUGAGCAGCUACGUGCGCAACGGCGGCAGUGUGCUGCUACCUCCUGGGAUCGGAGAGGUGCAUCACGAAGUGGAGCUCGGCGUACGUCAUCUUUUCUUAAGCUCUCGAUGUAUUUAGGUCUUAUUAUGGUUAAUUUGUGGGUUGAUCUGCAGGUGGUGAUCGGUAAGGGCGGAAAGGAUAUUGCCGAGAGCGCCAGCAUGGAUCACGUCGCCGGCUACGUACGUAAAAAUGGAUGCAGCUUUACUGACUGACCUGUGAAUUAAUAUAUAUGACGGGACCUUUUGUCAGGCGUUGGCGAUCGAUAUGACAGCGCGCGACCUGCAGGCCAAGGCCAAGAAGGCGGGACUUCCAUGGACUCACGCUAAAGGUCUCGACACCUUCACGCCAAUCAGCGACUUCAUCCCCAAGUCUGUGGUGCCUUCACCGCAUGAUCUCAACCUGUGGCUGAAGGUGGACGACGAGCUGCGUCAGAACGGCAACACUGGUGACAUGGUGCACAACAUCCCGUUCUUGAUCUCUUACGUGAGCCGCAUCAUGACACUGGAAGAAGGAGACCUGCUUAUCACUGGCACCCCGGAAGGAGUUGGCCCAGUCCCGGUUGGCAGCGUGCUUACGGCUGGUAUUACCGGACUGAUCGACGUGCGCUUCCCCGUAGAAACGCGUGUGUACAAGGCUUAGAAGUUCAGGAUCUGUAUGAACACCUACCAACUUCCAUGGACCGUUUAAAGAACUCGUGAACAUUUCAGUAUGCUGGUGUUGUUGUGGAAUAUUAAACAUUUCUAACGUUGUUGCAUGGGGAUAGCUGCCUCUACCAGCAUGGAGAGUUUACGGAUAUUCUGUCUGCGUUUCACACCAGUGAAAGUCAUACGUACAUGCCAGCCACGGUAGAUUGCCUGAAUACGCAACGCCGCCGCAUCAUGUCGAAGGUUUCUAACAGCAGAUUGAGCAUAGGAUCGGACCUCGGAUCGAUUUGAAGACACUCGAAUCAACCGCAUCAGUGCACCUAAUACCCCGCUCUCCACUAGCCUUGAGCGCGCCACGUGGAGCUCCGAUACGGCUGCCAAUGCUCGAGUGGUCUCGACUAGCAAGGCUUCGCUCACACCUUUGUCGCUGCUAUGGCCAACUGCAUGAUUUCGAUCUAGCGGACUCACGUAUCUUACAAGCACAGGCAGGAGCCCAGCAUCCACAAGCUUCAGCACAUUUUCAGGUCGUUCGGCAAAGUUUGCGAUGAUCUGAGCGACAUGGAGGCGCGUGGAUACGAGCGGAUGGAAGGCAAACUGUCCCAGUGCUGCCAGUAGUGCAGGUUUACACAGUGUUAGUCGGGACGGAGCGUCGUGCGUGAGUUGUGCUAGAGCACUCAGUGCAUCCACUUUCAUUCCAAAGUCAUCACCAGCCAGGAUACCAAACAAACACUUGACGACACCACGUGCAAGUAACUCGAUGUAGUGUUGAUAGUCACUCUCGGAAGUUUGGCUAGACACUCGGGGAGAAGCAGGUGGACUCGAAGACGUGUCAUCUUCUAACUGGUUGGGGUGUUUGUGUUGCUUGCUCUUGGAGCAGAUCAAGAGCGUGAGAAGAUUGAUAACUGCUCGACGAACACGUUUGUCGGACGACGCGUACAGUUCCCGUGCUGCAAUGUGAUCGAGCACUUUGGAUCGAAUAACGUGCUCUCGGUUGGCGAUGUUGCGAGCCAUAGCGCAGAAGAUCCCAAGUGUUGCACGAAUGAUUGCUGUAGCUUCCGAGGCUGGCCAAGUAGAUACCGAGCGAGGGCGAGUUGAAGUAGCCGAAAAUGGUCGCGAACUUGUUUUAGCCUGAGUGGAAAUUGCUGCCGUGUGUGGGCGUUUGGCUUCUGUCUCAGCGAUUGGUAUACCAUUAAAAGAGAAGCAUAAGUGGACCAGGCGCGUCAUCGCUUCAGCUUGCACGAGUGCUUCAUGAUUAACGUCGUCCUUGGCGACCUCGUCCAGAAUGGCAACCACGAGCAGACUCACUUGAAGUGAUGGCCUUGUUGAGCAGGAUGAUCCACGGCCAAGCACACUAAGUACACAGGAUAGAAGUCCAAUCGAAGCAAACCGACGAGCAUUUUCUGUCUCGGAGAGCAGUAAAUGCACGAAACUCAACAACUCCCGGCGAAAGACUGCAUCUUUAUCCAAGAACGGAUCUCGUAAUAGACCCGCGAGUGUCGUGAAGUGACCGGAAUGGUAAAAAAACACUCUGUUAUCGCACGAGACAGCCAGUUGGUGCAGCACUGAAGCAGCCAACGUUCGAGUACGGGUAUCGCCUGCAGCACCUCUUGAAGUCUGCGGUGCACCACUGCCGGAACAGCAUUUCAACAUGAAUGCGAAGCCUUCUCGUUUGGCCACAGCCUCGCGCCACUCAUCGGUUGUUACCAGUCGUGCGACGAUCUCGAAGCCUGCAAGUCGCAGCUUUUGAUCUGUUGUAGUAUGCAGCAAGGAGAAGACGCAGUCGAUGCCACCGGGUGCUUGAAGAAGCUUCGUCUUGACAGCGGACAACCGUACAAGAGCAGCCAAUGCUUGUGCGCAGUCCAUAGAAAUUCCCGGGUCCUCUCGAUCUAGUGGUGAGCUCAACAUCGUCAGGAUUGCACCAAGCGCACCUACUUCGUCAAGAAGAUCGAGAUUCGCGGCUACAUAAACAGCACAAAAGUAGUUAAUUCAGCGCUUAAGUGCCAUGAAAGUGUAUAUCAACGUACUGUUGCGACACAGAGAAGCUAUAGCAGCAGCGGCGUCACGUCGGACUUCCACGAAGGGUGACCAGUAAAUGAUUUCAAUCAGAGGACUCACGUCGUCAGCUUCAACAUCUUGACGUCGCAGACUUUUAAGGACUUGGGCGCUGUGAAACGAAUCUCGACGACGUUCACUCUGCAUGGCGUUCAGUUCUGCCUCGCGCGCAAGUAGUUGCUGCCUCUUUGAGUCAGCUCGAAGAGCGACGGGAGCACUCCCAUCGCUGACUCUGUCAUGUGGCUCUAUGACAUCUACUUUAGCAGUAUGUUGAAGUCCGUCGCUGCCACAAUGUAGCCGUGAUGGCUGCGAUAGCCUUCGACCUAAUGGAGGGCUGGCCACGAUGCCCAUCUCUUGCCUUGUUUUCUGAUUCUCAUCGAUCUUUCGACUGUUGCUUGACUCCUUUCUAAUAUUUGUACGCCUACCGCUGAUUGACGGUGCAGUGGCCAUUGCAGCACGGAAUUGCUGACGAGGAUCUUGCGGCGUUGUCCGAGCUGUUGAAACAUCGGGUAGAUGCUUGGCGUUUGCUGUAGAUGGGCGUUCAUUCUUCUUGGAUGUCGUUGAAGCUGUUGGAAAGAGACCUGCCGGAGGUGCGUUCCAUCGGCGCUUAGCGACUG